AUGGUGACCUUCGAGGUGCAGACGGCGUGCGUGGUGCAGGCCUUGUUCUCUGACCUCUUCGACGAGGAGGAGGAGGUCGACUGCCGGAGCUUUGAGACAGACUCGGCUGAGCCUGCAAGGUGUGCAGCAGACCCCCCCCUCCCGUUCGACACAAGGGUGGUUGCCAGCCACCUGCGGCAGAUGGGGGACCAGUGCAACCUGGACUUCGAACGAGUCUCCUCAGAGCCUCUUGCUGCAGUGCUCCAGGGGAAGGUGGAGAAGUUUGGGGCUGCUGUGGAAUCUGCUGUCAGGAGGUGGAAUGACCAGAACCCUGAGCUGCCCUAUGAGAGAGCUUUUCUCUGUGUUUGUGUGAAACUGGUGAAGUUCAUUGGGGAGAAGGUGCCAGGGGUGCUGGACCCCACCCUGCUCAUCAGAGAGAUUAACGGAAAUGCUCGAGUGAGAAACUACAUUGAGGCCCACGGUGGAUGGGUAAGGAUGUGAAGGUGGCAGUGAUGAUGUCUGCCUGGCAUUUAUGGCUCUUCCUUUGUGCCCCUCACCUGUGCUACCUGCCCUGCCCUGCUCAGCUCAUCACUGGUACCCAGCCUGACC